AUGUCUGCUGACGACCAGCAGUUCUUGGACUUGCUCUCGUCCAUCCCCAACCAAAUCCGACGAUACUCUGGAGAAGUCGCCGACUAUGUUGAUAAGACUGUCGAUAAGGUAGCAGAUGAGAUCAGGGACACACUUUCGUCGGCACAAUGGGUACCCGACUACGUGCGACCAAAACCCACUGCCCGACCGCCGGCGGUCGAGAUCGUGUCUAGGACUACACUAGAGAGUAUACAAGACUGGUUUUCUCGCCAUAAGAUCCUUUGCGGCGUGGUGGUGAUAACUGCCGGAUACAUAACGUAUAGGUCGGUGAAGUACACCAGGCAGCUUCGCAAACCUCGUCGGGCAAAGCGUGCUCGGAACGGCGGCAGACUUGAAGUUGUCGUCAUCGCCGGAUCACCGACCUUGCCGCUGACCAAGGCGUUAUCCUUGGAUCUGGAGAGGAGGGGCUUUAUUGUAUACGUUGUUUGUAACUCGAUCGAGGAUGAUGUCACAGUGCAGGGUCUUUCACGACCGGACAUCAGACCCUUGGGUAUCGAUAUAACUGAUCCGCCGAACGCUGCUCGAGCAAUCGAACGAUUCGCCAACUAUCUCCAAACACCGCAUGCCGCUGUCCCACGAGCAAAGCCUAACUACCUAGUAUUGAAGGCGGUUAUCCUAAUCCCCUCGCUCAACUACCAAACCUCCCCCAUUGCCACAAUCCCUCCCUCGAGUUUCGCCGACCUGUUCAACACCCAUCUUCUCCACCCUAUACUCACUAUCCAAGCUUUCCUACCUCUCCUCACGUCUAAAAUAACACCUCAAGGAGAAACUACCGGGUCACCCAGAGUCCUCGUCUUCACACCCUCCAUCAUCUCCUCCAUCAACCCCCCAUUCCACGCCCCCGAAGCAACCGUCUGUUCCGCCCUCUCGGCCUUCACCGAGGUCCUAACGGCCGAGCUCCGGCCCCUCGACAUCCCCGUAACCCACAUCCAACUCGGCACCUUCGACUUUGCCGGCUUUACGCCUACGCGACCAAAUAAUAAUAAUAUCCUCAACCUCCCUCCUUCCUCUUCUUCUGCGGCGGGCCCGACGACCAACUUCCCCACCACGGGCUUCCAGAACCCGCUGCUCGCGCCGCCGUCGCCCGCCGAGACCCUCGGCUGGCCGGAGUCGGCCCGGCGCACGUACGGCCGCAACUACGUCUCGCAGUCGGCGUCGGCCAUCUCGGCCGGGCGCAUCCGCGGGCUCCGCGGCAGCUCCCUGCGCGAGCUGCACAACGCCGUGUUCGACGUGAUCGACGGGUCCGGGGACCGCGGCGGCGACGUCGUGCGCGUCGGCCUCGGCGCCGGCUUGUACGGCUUCGUCGGCCGCUGGGCCCCGCGCGGCGUGGUCGCGUGGAUGAUGGGCAUCCGCAAGGUGGAUGAGCUGAGCGCUUGGGAGGGGAGCGGGAGCGGAAGCGGGGUUGGUGGCAGUGGACGGCCGGGUAGUGCGAGUGGGAGCAGUACGAGCGAGAAGAGCACGGGGAGCGAGAAUGGGGUUGGUGUCGGUGAGGGCAGCGAGUUUAUUGCUGUGGCGAGGGAGCAUGAUGGACAUAAUGUCUGGAAAGAAGGGUGA